GGGGCCCCCCCGGGGCUGCGAGGGGCGGGCGGUUGCCGGUGCCAGCGGUGCCGGUGCCAGCGCCUCGCCUCGGGCAGCGAGGGGCAGGUCCCCCCGCCCCUGCCAUGGAGAGCGGGAUGCCGCUGUCUGGCAGGCAGCGAGCGCUGAUCCGGGAGAGCUGGCAGCGUGUGAGCGGCAGCCCCGAGCAGCACGGCCUCGUUCUCUUCACCAGGUUGUUUGACUUGGACCCUGACCUGUUGCCCCUUUUCCAGUACAACUGCAAGCAGUUUGCCAGCCCUCAGGAGUGCCUCUCUGCCCCUGAGUUCCUGGAUCACAUCAGGAAGGUGAUGCUGGUGAUCGACGCUGCUGUGAGCCACCUGGAGAACUUGUCCUGCCUGGAAGAGUACCUCUGCAACCUCGGCAAGAAGCACCAGGCAGUCGGUGUGAAGGUCGAGUCUUUCUCGACUGUUGGUGAGUCCUUGCUGUACAUGCUGGAGAAAUGCCUUGGCACUGCCUUCAGCCCAGAUGUGCAGGAGGCCUGGAGCAAACUCUACGGUGCUGUGGUGAAAGCCAUGCGGCGUGGCUGGGACACCCUCCCAGAAGGUGACUAGAUCCUGACAGGCACCCCCACCCCUGACCACGCAGCAGUCCUGGGCAGGGGGAGUACUCGCACCAUGCUCUUUGCCUCUCUCCACCUCUGUCUUUCUCUGUGCACCAGCCCAGCGUCAUCUUCUCCAGUCAUGCAUGGUUUGGGGCUCUCCCAGUGAUUCCACCUUGCUUUGACACAAUCACAUCUCUGCCUUUGCUAAGGGCUGGCAGGGUAUGUCUCUGCAGGGAAGCCUAGGAGCGCCACAGUACAGGUAUGCUGCCCUGUCCCAAGUCCCUUCAGGCUGGCUGGAGCACCCAUGUACCUACUCUGGUUUUUAGCUAGCUUAUCUUCCCUCUGCUUGCUGCCCACCCUAGUUAGAUGACAGCUAGCGUAGGCCUCUCAGGCUUAUUUGCCCAAGAUCCUAUUUGCUCAAGACUGUUCACUCCUCCUGUGCAGCUGUACCCCAUUCAACUAUGGCAAUGAUGGAUUUGGCUCCCUGCUGGGGCAGAGGCAGCAGAGGUGGGAGCUGGCCAUGCCAUAUGGCUAUCCUCUCCAAACCAUGCGGGGACUUUUUCUCCCUCUCCUUUCAGCAACACAUCCCUACCAGAUAGUUAAUCAUCUGUUGUUUUUCCUAUCCCCUCGAUGAGAUCCGUGGCUUUUCCUUGUGUCAGGUUGGCCACAACUCAGUGUAUUUCCUAGGGAUGCUUUGGGCAGCAGAGACAUGUUAAUCCCAAGGUGAGGCUGCUUUAAGCAGGCCUGGGCUGCCAGCUGAAAGGCUCUGUGUUGGUUUGGCUGGUUGGUUUAACCCCCGAGCCAGCUGAAAUGCAGCAGCAGCAGUGGCUGUUCACUGCUUUGUGUUAAGGAGAGUAAAGUAAAUACAAGGAAAAGAUGUCUUAAAAUAAAAAGAAGGUUGUAAUCAUGUCACGGCAACAGCUUCCAGAAAUCAUUCCUGACUCUUAGCCAGAGGAAGCAUAGCUGGAAUUUCUCUAUUGAUACUGUCAGGACCUGGAGCACUUCCCAGCUGCACACAAUGCCCAUCUGUGGAGCUCCUUGCCCUUUAGUAAACCCUACCAGCCAUACUUCAGACACAACUGAUUCAGAGCA